ACUCGUUUUAAACUUAUCAGGGGUGGUGCUACGGCUCUGGUGCACGCGUCGUGUCAAAACACAUCAGCUGGAAUGGCCAGUGAUGCGAAAGCGAAAAGACAACGAAGAUCAUGACAGCUCGUUCUCGGGUACACUACUGGAUGGCUCCGAUCUAAAGCAGUGCCACAAAAAGACAGACGCUGCUUCUGAUCCAGGAGGAUCUGGGACAGCGAUGGGAAGACGCUGCAGGAGGGGUGGUCUGAUGUGGAGGCUGAGGAGGAUACUGAUCUGGGUGCUGGGAAUUUACAUCGCUAUCCCUGUUAUCAUCAAACUCUGUCCAGCAAUACAAGCAAAAUUAGUAUUUUUAAACUUUGUGCGAGUACCGUAUUUUAUAGAUCUGAAGAGACCACAGGAUCAGGGCUUGAAUCACACUCACAACUUCUACCUACAGCCGGAGGAAGGAAUCAACAUUGGAGUGUGGCACACAGUACCUACAGUGAUGUGGAGGGAGGCUCAGGCAAAAGAUCCUGAAUGGUACGACAAAAGCUUCCAGUCCAGUCACCCUGUCAUCCUGUAUCUCCAUGGUAAUGCUGGAACAAGAGGAGGAGAUCACAGAGUUCAGCUCUACAAGGUCCUUAGUUCAUUGGGCUACCAUGUAGUCACAUUCGAUUAUAGAGGUUGGGGUGACUCUGAGGGCAGCCCUUCAGAGAAAGGGAUGACGUCAGAUGCCCUCUUCCUCUACCAGUGGAUAAAGCAGCGGAUUGGCCAGAAGCCCCUGCACAUCUGGGGUCAUUCACUCGGCACAGGAGUGGCCACUAACCUAGUGAGACGGCUGUGUGACAGGGGAACGCCCCCUGACUCGCUGAUUUUAGAGUCACCCUUUACCAAUAUCAGAGAGGAAGCCAAGAGCCAUCCCUUCUCUAUGGUUUACAGGUUUCUACCAGGCUUUGACUGGUUCUUCCUGGAUUCAAUUACUGCAAAUGACAUCCGAUUUGCCAGUGAUGAGAAUGUCAAGCACAUAUCCUGUCCGGUUCUGAUCCUGCAUGCCGAAGAUGACACAGUCGUACCCUUCCAGCUGGGAAAGAAGCUGUAUGAUUUGGCGGCUCAGAGUAAGAGUCUGAAUGGACAUAAGGUUCAGUUCAUCCCGUUCUCCAGCUCUCUGGGAUACAGACACAAGUUCAUCUACAAGAGCCCACAGCUACCAAAUAUACUCAGUGAUUUUCUCAGUGCAACGCUUCCUCACAUGUAGUCAAGAUCAUUUUACCUGACUGCCCUCUCUCACACACUGUCAGUUAAACACACACACAAUGUACAUUAUCCGCACGGUGUACAUCAUGUGUACUUGUGCACACACACGAGCAUGGACUGAAGAUGCAAUGAUUCCUUUUGCAUUACUUUGUUAACACAACCCACGGAGGGAGAAAGUUAUCAUCUUUGAGAGAGUGACAGGACUGGGUGAUUUGUUUCACCGCCUCCUGUUGUCAUGGUGACAGAUCUGAAGGGGCAGCUGGAGCACAAAUUAUGCAAAAUAAUAUGCAAAUACGCACUGAAAUUAAUGCUUAAGUCAACGAGCCUCUUCAAAGAAAAAAAGAAGUACAGAUGAAGUUUUAACGAUGGCACUGAGAAGACCACACGAGGAUUAAAGUCAAAGGGACGAAUCAGGACAACAUGCUUUAAUGAUGUCACCGUCAGUGCUUGCUGACUGCGAUUCACUGUUUUGUUUUGUUUACGAACACACAAUAACCGACUUAUUAACAGUAUCAUGGACCUGAAAUCCACUCAAUGUGAACAGCGAGUUGUUUUAGGUUGAACUUGAAUCAUGUACAAUAAAAUGUCUUCUUUCUUUUUGUUUCUUCCCAUUUAAAUGAUGUGUCUCCUGAAUGAUUUUAAAGUGCAGAUUUUUGUGCUGCCUUGGCAUUAAAACUCUGUGACUUUUUUAUGGGGUUUAUUGUGUAUUGUGUUUAUGCUGUAAUGUUUGCUUGGUACAUAUGCAACACAACUGCAAUCAGAACUGAAUGAGCUUUUGACAUGACAUUUCCCUCCCCAAAUUCCCAAUGUUUUAUUAUUUUAAUGCAUUUGGUUGAGCUAUGCUAGUUUGCAUGCGUUACUGGAAAAAAAAUGUUGCACUUUCAAAAGAAAAAACUGUAUGCAAAAUCAUUUUCUUUUCUUUGUUAUGUGGGUUGUAUAUUUUCUUUGAUGUUUAUACUCACUUUGCACAUUCCAAAAAAA